UCUUCCGGUUUAGUGCGCAUGUCCGUGGAAUGUUUGGAUUUUGAGAAAAAAAGCAAAGCACUAGAAGUUGAUUAUUUUUAUUCUCCAAAUAAUUCUUUGUGCUUAAAUGCCGAGGAUUUAUCUUUGAAGAUUUAACCUAACAUCCCUGGUAGAGCAUCAUGGGAGAUGUAGAUAUGAUUCCUGUGAGAGAUCCAGGUGGAGGAAGGCAUGAUGCAGGAGCAGAACAGCAAAGAAGAAUGGUUGCCAAAUGGGACCGGGAUACCCUGGAAGACAAAUAUCUUCGUAUUUAUGAAGAAAACUUGAUAUUGAAGAAACAUGCACGGAAACAAGAAGACAAAAUUAAAAAAAUGGCCACAAAAUUGCUACGAUUGGUAAAUGACAAGAAGAAGGAUAUAGACAAAGAGCAUGUUGGAGGGAAAACAUCGGGAAUGAAUAUAGAAGUGGCAGAAAAGAUGGAAGAAUUCAAAGAAAGAAUCAUGAAAUUAGAAAAACAGAAUCAUCAACUGAAUGAAAAAUUGAUGUUGGCAAAACAACAAUUAUCAGCAGCCAGUAAGAGACCUUCACAUUAUACACAUGUUGGAUCUAGAAUUAAUACAGGUAUAGCUAAGACACAGUAUGCACCCCCUGAAGACACAAGAAUUGCCAAGAACAGAAGAGUUAUUGGUCCCUAUGAAACUGCCCCUCACAGGAAGACAGUUUCUAGUCCUACAUUCCAGAAAUAUGGACAUAAUCAGUUGGAUAACCUCAGACUAGAUAAUCGUCAGAAGGAUGAUAUCAUUGCUCAAUUACAAGAACAGAAUGAAAUAUGUGAACAAGAACUGGAGGAAUUCAAACAAAGAAUGAAGUUACAAGAGGCAGGCUAUGAAGAGGAUCUUGUCAAGAUUAAGCAACAAAUAACAGCAGAGCAUAGAUUCACAGUUCAGGAGAAUAUAGAUAUGAUAAAGGUACAGAGAGAAGUCAAAGAAAAGUCUACUAGGUUGAUGGAACUGAAUGAAAAAUAUGCUCUCCUGGAAUCUAACAUGGCAACAGUAAAACAUGGCCAUGACAGCAUGUUAAUGGAGAUGGAAAGAUUAAACAUGCAGCUGAAGGAAGAACAAAAUAGAGUAUUAACCUUACAAAAUGAACUGAAGUUUGGUACAGCUAAUAACCGAAAACUAAUAGAGCUUCAAGAACAGACUUCAUGCUUAGAAAAGGAGAACCAGAUAUUAAAGGAAGCUAAUGAGAAAUUUGUUAACAGUGCUUUUGACUUGGAGAGAGAAAGAGAAUGGAGACAGAGAGAAAAUGCAUUGAAAGUUCAAAUAGCUCAACUAGAGGCCACACUAAAGGCUGAUCUGGGAGAAAAGGGUGGCAUCCUAGAUAAACUUGCCAGAGAAUCAGAUCAGUUUGAGAAGUUACAACAAGAUUACAGAUCCAUGCAGGUAGAACAUUACCAGUUAAAGGAAGAGUACGAUGAUCUGAAGGAGAAGAUGAGAUUCUUUACUAAGGAGAGUGCCAUAGAUUUUAGUGAAAUUGAAGAAGCUUUGGUGCUAGUUAAACAGAAGAAACAGAAAGCUAUUCCAGAUCCUGACUUCCUACAUAAAGUGGAUGUAGAAGUCUCCAAAGAUGAGCAUAAGCAGUUGUUAGAAAUACAGGCAGAGUAUGCUGAGACAGUCCAUGAAUUAGAGAAGACCAGAAAUCUUUUGGUCAUACAACAUAAGAUUAACAAAGAUUACCAACAUGAGGUUGAAAUAAGUAGUACUAAGAUAGAUGAAAUAAAGAAAGAAUAUGAGACUAAGUUAGAUGAAUAUGCCAGACUGUUGGACAUCAGAGCUGCUAGAAUUAAGAAAUUAGAAAGUCAAAUGAGAGAUGUGGCUUAUGGUACAAAGCAGUUUAAGAUUACAGCACCUACUGAUGAGUUGGAAGAGCCAACUCUAGAUUUUGAUGAAACUAUCCACCUGGAAAGAGGACAGAAUCUGUUUGAGAUUCAUAUACACAAGAUAAGCCUGUCAGAUGAUGGAUUGAAGAUUCUGGGAGAUGAUGAACCAUUAUUGUUUUGUACAUGGGAAUUCUUUGAAUAUGAGAUUCAGUCCACCCCUGUACUUAGAGGAGCAAGACCAGAAUUUGAUUUCACAUCACAGUACAUCGUUAAAGUGGAUGACUUUUUCUUGCAUUACUUGCAAAAGGAAUCAUGUACCAUGGAGCUUCAUCAGUCCUUUGGACAGGACUACAAAACAGUGGCAGCUUGUCAGAUGGUAUUUAAAGAUAUAUUUGAUAAACCACAUGGUAGAAUACAUGGUACUGCUACACUAAUAGGUGUAGAUUCUACAGGAUCUGGCAUUAGUUUGGGUAUGGUAGAAUACUGGAUCAGGUUACGUGUACCCAUGGAACAGGCUCUCAGACUCUACAAGGAGAGAACGAAAGCUUUAGGUUACAUAACAACAAACAAGAGAGCUGCUGAGAUUGCUAUUGAAGCUACUGAUGAGGUCGCCAUGAAACGUCAGCAGAUAGAUAACAUUAACCAGAUGCAUAUCAAAAUUAUACGCUGUAAUGGACUACAGUCCAGGAGGAGAGGAGUUCAGCCGUCACCGUAUUGUGUAUACCAGUUUUAUGACAACAAUGACCAUGAUACACCUAUAAUACAUGCCAGUAACAACCCAGAAUUCAAUGAUCAUAAAACAUAUCCUGUUGCCAUGACAUCAGACCUUGAUCAGUACAUGAAAACAAAGCAACUGACAAUAUUUGUGUUUGAUGAUACUGACCCAGAACAGGCAUCAUAUCUUGGCUUUGCUGAGAUACCUUUGUUACCCCUAUGUCAUAACAAAGGAGUACAGGGUGUGUUUGAACUGAAAGGUCCCAGAGGUACUGUCAAUGGAACUAUGGAGGUUGAUGUCCGAUUCCAAGAGACCUAUCUACCUCCUAAAGGUGGCCUUCCUCAGAAAGAGGAGCCAAUUGCUACGGUGAAGGUAGUUGACACGCCAUUAGAUGAGACGCUCCGACCUCCAUCUACUCCUAAGGAAAGGAGUAAGAUAGCAGCAAGAUUCCCUCCCCCAUCUCAUACCUCCACACCUAUGGCAGGGCAGGAGGAACAACAAGAAGGUGUUGCAGCUCUAUCUGACAUGAUGGCCACACCCAUUACUCCAGCAGCUAAACCCAGGAAAAAGGUUUCCAGACGUUUGGAGGACUCAGCAGAACAACCAACUGUUAACGCUGCUGUAUCAGAUGCAGUCUCUAGCAUGCUACCGAGCAUGUCUGAUACUAUCCAAUCAGAAACACUUCCAGCACCAGAUGAUAGUCCACGUCCUUCAACAAGAUCAGGGUCUCGAAGAACAUCAGAAGAACAAGUUGAAGAAGUUUACACCCCUCGUAGUUCAAAAUCAGCCACUCCACGAAGUAAAAAAUCAGCAAGUCCACCACACACACCUGUGCAAGUUUCUGAGCCACAUACACCUGAACAAGUUUCAGAACCAGGUGAAACAAACACAACUUCAAAGGGAGAUAAUUUGCAAGAUGAAGGAAAGGCCUCACUCACUUCAAUGGAAGGAACAAAGAUGUCUGACACAAUGUUUGCUGAUCCAGAUGAGGAUGAGAUCACUGAGGAAAUAUCAGAAGAUAUAACACCAAUUGCCACACCCUCUGAUGGAGGAACCCUCAGAUCUCUACCUCCACCUAUAGAGGAAGAGUCGGAAUCAGACAGACCCCCUGUAGAGUCUGACAGUGAGGGUGUUAUGGUUGUAGCUUCUCCCACUGCAAAGAAAAAAUAUAAAGAAAGUAAUAAACCUAGUAAUCUUGUAACAGUGACCAUAACCCACUUAGUGCUAUCUACUGGUGCAGCUGUACUAGAUAACGAGAGUAUACGACAGCUGUUUGUCUCAUACAACUUCCUUGGAAUCAAGGCUGAUGAACUAGAAACUCCAUUUUCUCUACCUAAACCAAAGGCAGAACAACAGAUCACUUUUAACUUCAGCAAAACAUUCCAUGUAGACAUGGCUAAGAAUUACCCUAAGAGACAAUACCUAGCUGGAAUGUUGUUACCUGAUGACCCUGAUGGUGGCAGGAUUCGUUUCACCGUUGUUAGUGAGCCCCCAGAUGAUGAUGAUGAGGGUGAAUGUGAAGAUAUUGGUAUUGCAUUUGUCAGUGUCCGAGAUAUACUCAUUAACCAUAAAGAUGUCAUAGACCUUGAUAUUCCAAUAUUUGAUGCUAACAAUGAAAAGGAGGAAAUAGGCUCACUGAAUGUCACUGUCCAAUGCCUGUCAGCUUUAGAAGCUGUGGAGAAAGAGAUGCAAAUUGAUGGCACAUUCUAAAAAUAGAACAAUUAGACAAUAAAAAACAGACAAAUAUAUUGUAUGAUUGUCAAUGAUAAGUGAGAAAUAGCCAGUCGCUUGAAGUAACCAUUAGACAACUUGGCUGUGUACACUCCUCACCAGUACUUUUGAACAGCUAUUCAAACAGGAAAUUUGGAUGUACAAUUGUUAAAAUUAUCUCGUGUUAUGAUAUUUUAGUGAAGAGAAUAGCAUGGAUUAAAAUAUGAGUAAAAAGAGGGGUUUUUUUUGCAAAUCAAAUGUAGUCUUGUGCUACAACUGUCAAGUGAAAAGCAUCUCAUGAAUAUGUAUAUAUUAGCUAUUAUUUAUUAUGUGAAUUAGAAAAUAUUAAUCAUAUUGCAUUUUACAGCAAUUUGCCAAACUGUGAUAUCAUUGUUUAUUGUUGUAUGUUUUAGUUGUAUUAGUAAUAUUAUGAAUAGUUAUUAUUCAAAUUAGUAAGCAGCUAUUUACCAGUAUAUCAGAAGUAUAGAUUGUUUGUACUGAAGGGCUUUUUGAAUUCUUAAUCGAAUUAAGUUUACUGAAAAGAAAGCAAACAGAAAAUAUCCAGUUUAAUUUGUUUACACACUCAUUUUCAAUUAUUUAAAUGUUUGUUUACACUUAAUUCAGUGUUAAAGGUCAUAUUUUUCAAGAAUAAAUCAUAAUAUAAGGUUUUUUAUUUUUAUAGACAUCAACUCCGUCCAAUAUAACUAGAAACUAUUUUUUAUUAAUAUUUUUAGUUUUAUAUUUUUACUUGAAGAUUAUUUGAUUAUAAAAUGAUAUUUUUUAAAUGAUUUAAAAGAAAAAGUUUUUAUCACUAUGCCCACUUUGAAUUUUACUAUUGAAUGUAUCAGGGAAAAAUUAAGGUAUGAAAAGUGCAUAUAAGAAAGUAGGCUUCUUUUUCAAUGUACUUCUACUUUAAAGAUGUAUUGGUUGAUUAUUUAAAAGAGUUACAAUCAAAUGAAUGCAUUUUCUUUUUUUUACUGUGGAACUUGUUUGGUUAUCUCCCCUUAAUAGAUUAUGAGAAAUUAGAAAUUCAUUUA